AUGUACCUAACACCUUAUAAAAGUAACUUUUUAAUACGAUAUUUAUCCGAAAUGACCAAAAGCAAGCUAGUAGUAUACCAGGAAGCCGUGGCUCAACAGUUAGCUAAAAACGAAAAGCAUUUAGAAUCAUUAAAUCACGAAGGAAGCGUGGUAAAAUUCCCUGUUGACCUCGAAACACUUCCUACACCCGAUGAUGAUUUGAAGGUAUUUUUUUUUGAUAUUGAUAACUGUUUGUACAAGAGGUCUACUAAGAUCCAAGAUUUGAUGCAAGUUUCAAUUCAGAAUUACUUUAAGUUCAGUUUGGCCUUAAAUGACGAGGAGGCCUAUGAGCUAAACCGAACUUACUACAGGCAGUAUGGGCUUGCUAUUAGUGGACUCGUUAAACACCACCAAAUCGACUCGAUGGAAUAUAAUCAGAUGGUCGACGAUGCAUUACCCUUACAGGAUAUACUUCAGCCAGAUCCUGAGUUGCGUAAUAUGUUAUUGAGGCUCCGUAAGGCGGCUAAGGUUGAUAAGUUAUGGCUUUUUACGAACGCGUAUAAAACGCACGGGUUGCGAUGUGUGCGCUUGUUAGGUAUAGCCGACUUGUUUGACGGUAUUACAUACUGUGAUUAUUCGGAGAAAAGUUUAGUGUGUAAGCCAAGUCUGGAAGCAUUCUAUAAGGCCAAAGCUCAGAGUGGCCUUGGGCAAUUCAAGAACGCUUAUUUUGUGGACGACAGUGGGAUCAAUAUCAAAGCCGGCUUGGAAGUAGGGAUGGCAAAAUGUGCUCAUGUAGUUGAAACGGUGGUAGACGAAGACAUGGGCGAAUCCCCAGAAGGCUGUGCAGUCAUUAGUCACAUUACAGACCUUCCUAAGGCUGUACCGGAGCUAUUUUAG